CCAACUCGGUUCAAGUACUUCGAGCCGGCAUGGCUUACGAUGCUCGCAGUUGCGUCAUGUUGUGUGAUGCUCAUUGGCCUCACUGUGCUUCUGCGGUGGUUGUACAUUGCUUGGCGAGCAGAUCACAUGAACGUACGCACGAAGAGUCAUGCCCAAGAGCAGUCGUCUUCGCCCUCCACGGCCCCCACUAGAGUGAAGCUGAGAGGACUUGCGAAGCGCCCUGAGCUGAAUGGCCAGCUGGGUUACGCUGAGAAAUAUGAGGAGACUUCGCAGCGCUUCAGCGUGCGACUCGACGGGUCGAAGCAGGUCCUGGGCGUCAAGCUCAGCAACCUAGAGCUGCUCGAAGAGGAGGGCGUGGCUUGGCAGGUGACGGCGCGGUGCCACUCUGAACGCGAUGGCCCCAGGGCUCCCACAGACGCGUCAGCGGAGGCCCCGCGUGAGCCUGAGACAGCGCGGAUGUGUGCGCAAGGAGGGCAGCCCAGUGUGCCAGCGGCGCAGCCAGCUGCCUCGACGGCAGCAGGUGCCUCUAGCGCAAGCGCCUCGAGCCGCGCACGGGUCGCACGGGCCACGACAACCGUAGCGGCCACACCGUGCGGCGUUGUAGCCUCUCAGAUGGCGGCUAGGGCCAGCAAAGAAGACUCCGCAGCGGUUGCCAGUCUGCAGGCUGUGCCAGAGCCCAAGGCUCUUGCGCCAACCACGUCCCAGGCGGCUGCGGCGACUGGAUAUUCGGCCGCCGCAGAGAUAGCACCAGCAGCGGCACAGGCGUCGACGUCGUCGGGCACACCCACAACGCAGUUGGCGGAGGAGCUCCAGAGGCGCCGCGCCACUCUUUUCGUCAGGAACGCACGCAGGGAGCUGGAUGUGAAUGACAUAGCCGAGCACUCAAAAUUCAUUGAGGACAAGAUCAAGCAGAUGAUGGUGCAGCGCAAGGAACUUCAGCGCAAGCACGCAGUGGCACACGCGCGGCUACGGCGCGAGAAGAAGGAUGUCGGCCGCAUUUGCUCGCUUAUGUCGCAAGUGGAGCGGCUGGAGAACCAGGCCGAAGAAUUCAACGCCAACGUUGCGGCCCUCAACGGCGAGCGAGAGUGGCUGAAUGGAACGGAAGCGUGGAAGCGUGCCGUGAAAGAGUUGCAUGAGAGAUUCGUACAGACCGCGUCUGGUGAAGUGAUUUCCAAGGCGACGCUUAAGCAGGACGAGGAGGAGUGCGCUUCGUUCGAGGAGAUGUUGCAGAAGAUGAAGGCCGACGCCGCGGAGCUGCGGCCGCUACGGCCAGAGGACGACGGGGAGCUCUCAGACGGGGACCUGGGCCUGGCCACGGGCGCUAACGCCAACGCCAGCACGAGGGGAGGCCAAGAUGGCGGCAAGAGCAGCGCCAAGGGCAACUGCAAGAAGCGCCCCUCCGCGCCCAAGCAGGCCGCCAAGAUCAGAUGA